ACGCAACAGACCGCCCUCCUCUAAUACCAUCCUUUCACUUUGCAUAAGGCUGCUUCUCACCCUGCGACAGUAAACACGGAGCGGAAAACUUUCACUCUGGUCUCAAAUUGUAUAUCACCAGAGGCUCGCUGUCACAAUGGAUGUCACUCCCGUCACUAUAAUCUCUCAUUUUAUGAUGAAGCCUACAGACAAACCCUACAUACCAAGCUAGCAAUACAUUUUUAUUUCUUCCCAUUAGUACUAUUGGAACUGAACUAAGGGGAAAGGACCUGAGGGUAAUCCAUUUAUGUGGUAGAAAUCUAUUCAAAGCACAUAUUACCUCACACGUCACCAUUCAAGCACAAUCAAUUGGCUUGGUUUAACUCUAUUUGUUUUGAUUAAAUUAAAUUGCGAUUAGUAAUGGAUACGACUACACUAGCAACUCUGGCUGCUGCCACUACAGUAGCUCUGGUCUCUCAGUCCACCAUGUCAAGCUACUUUUGGCUGCUGGUGUUAGGCUUCGUCAUUGCUUUUAUCCUGGCUUUCUCUGUGGGGGCCAAUGAUGUGGCCAACUCCUUCGGUACUGCAGUGGGCUCCGGAGUGGUCACCUUGCGUCAGGCCUGCAUCCUGGCUUCUAUCUUUGAAACGGUGGGCUCGGUGCUGCUGGGGGCCAAAGUCAGCGAGACCAUCCGAAAUGGGAUCAUCGACGUCCAGAUGUACAACGGCUCUGAGCACGUCUUAAUGGCAGGAUCGAUAAGUGCAAUGUUUGGCUCUGCGGUUUGGCAGCUGGUGGCAUCAUUCCUGAAGCUCCCCAUUUCUGGAACCCACUGUAUUGUCGGAGCCACAAUUGGCUUCUCCAUGGUAGCCAGAGGUCACCAAGGGGUCAAAUGGAUGGAACUAUUGCGCAUUGUUGCAUCCUGGUUCCUGUCACCUUUGCUGUCAGGCAUCAUGUCAGGGAUUCUCUUCUAUUUUGUUCGCAAAUUCAUUCUGAACAAGGCCGACCCCGUACCCAAUGGCCUCAGAGCUCUUCCCAUCUUCUACGCCAUCACUAUGGGCAUCAACAUCUUCUCCAUCAUGUUUACAGGAGCACCAAUGUUGGGUUUUGACAGAAUGCCCUGGUGGGGUACACUGUGCAUUGCGCUGGGCUGUGCCUUCGUCACAGCCUUGGUCGUUUGGUUCGUUGUCUGUCCAUACCUGAAGAAGAAAAUCAAACGAGAAACAGCUGUUACUCCCUGUGAAACUCCACUAAUGGAGAAGAACUCCAGCAAACGACCGCCAGCAGAGCAACCCACAACCCCUCGUGACCCUCAACACCAGACUCCGCAGACAGCAGACAGUCAGAAGGUGGCUUUCCAACUUGGAGGCUCAGAGGAAGCUGAUUUGGACAACAAUGACAUGGAAACCAAAGACUUGGAUAUCAGCAAUGGUCUAAAUGGCACUGUUGGCCCUAUGAUGAUCACUGAUCCUCACAGUGGACGGUCCCACACGAUCCACAAAGAUUCUGGCCUUUACAAAGACCUACUACUCAAGCUUCAUGUGGCUAAGGUCGGCGACUGCAUCGGUGACAGUGAUACGGAGGAGAGACCCAUCAGGAGGAACAACAGCUACACCUCCUACACCAUGGCUAUUUAUGGCAUUCAAGGAGAUCCUAAAUACAAGGACCUGGAUGGUGGGCUGCAAGGAAGACCGAGGGUGGGCAGUUACAGCAGCUACAGCUCAGCAGUGACCACUGGGAGUGCAGUUCAGGAGGAGAGCGUGGCUCAGGAAGCUGGCACAGACCCCGCUCUGGAAGAGGAUGAGCUGGAGGUCGACCAACCCGCUGUCUCCUUGCUUUUUCAGUUCCUGCAGAUACUCACAGCGUGCUUUGGCUCCUUUGCUCAUGGAGGGAACGAUGUCAGCAAUGCGAUUGGUCCACUGGUGGCUCUCUGGCUUCUGUAUGAGAGUGGCUCUGUGGCGUCCAACGCGCCUACGCCCAUUUGGUUGCUUCUUUACGGCGGAGUGGGAAUCUGCGCUGGACUCUGGGUGUGGGGACGUAGAGUGAUGCAAACCAUGGGCAAAGACCUUACACCCAUUACACCCUCCAGUGGAUUCAGCAUUGAGCUAGCGUCAGCACUCACAGUUGUUGUGGCAUCCAAUGUUGGUCUUCCUGUCAGCACAACCCACUGCAAGGUGGGAUCCGUGGUGGCUGUAGGAUGGCUGCGCUCCAGGAAAUCCGUUGACUGGCAUCUGUUCAGGAACAUCUUUAUCGCCUGGUUUGUUACUGUUCCUAUCUCUGGGCUGAUCAGUGCUGCCAUCAUGGCUCUCUUCAUAUAUGUUGUUCUGUGAGCCUUCCGGCUGCCAAACCACACUGGCACUCCAACUGACAGACUGCAACCAACAGUUUUUGUUUGAGUGACUGAUACAACUGUGCUUAUAAACAUGUUCCAGUUGAUUUUCUAUUAAUGAUGUUUAUAAUAUUAUUUGACGUCAAGCCAAUGAUGUUAUCUCACAGGAAUAUGUCGAUGAAUGAAGUAGGAUCUAAUUACACUGUUCAAAUACCCUAUGAUCUUGUAUAGUCCAAUGUAUAUUUGUAUAAAAGCCAAAUGUCAAUAUCAAAUAAUUCAAUUUUCACUGAAAAAGAACAAAUGACAGUUGUAUUCUAUGUGUGUAUUUGGAUGGUAUUAAACAAUGCAUUGCUUGAUUUUAA